AUAAUUAAAAAGUUGCAUUUCAACUGAACCGAAUACUUCGGGAAGCGAAAUGGAGGCUAAUUUCGUCGCCGGCGAUCGGCCGACGAUGUUAGUGACGAACGACGAUGGAAUCGAUGCGCCGGGAUUGAGAGCUCUAGUUAGUCUGCUUGUUUCCACCAAUCGCUUUCACGUCCUCGUUUGUGCUCCUGACUCUGAAAAGUCAGCUGUUAGUCAUAGCAUUACUUGGCGUAAUGCCCUUUCUGUUAAGCAAGUUGACAUCAGCGGAGCAACAGCAUUUGCAGUUUCAGGAACUCCAGCAGACUGUACUUCCCUGGGAAUCUCUAAAGCUCUUUUCCCUUCAGUACCUGAUCUGGUUAUCAGUGGUGUUAACAUGGGUGACAACUGCGGCUAUCACAUAGUAUACUCGGGUACAGUGGCUGGCGCUAGGGAGGCUUUCUUCAAUGGUAUUCCUGCUGUGUCUGUAUCAUAUAAUUGGAUUCGUGGAAAAAGCAAUGUUAAUGACUUCACACUGGCUGCUAAGGCUUGCUUACCCAUCAUCAGUGCUAUAUUGGCUGAAAUCAAGACAAAACACUAUCCCAAGAAUUGCUUUCUCAAUAUUGAUGUGCCAACAGAUGUCGUCAAUCACAAGGGAUACCGUCUAACCCGACAAGGAAAAAGUUUUGUGAAAAUGGGAUGGAGGCAAGUUACUUCUGAUAGAGAAGGAGGAAACGUUUUGUCCACAAUGACUAUGGAGACGAAUUCAUCAGAGAGUACACAUGCUAAAGCCUUAAAAAAUGCACCAUUGGAUCAUCUACUGUUUAAGAGACGAGUUACAAGAGUUCUAGUGGGGAAUGGUGAUACAGACUACUGUUCUCUCCAAGAAGGAUACAUUACUGUCACACCCCUUGGCGGCUUGUCUCCAGCAGAGCUAGAUGCUGUUUCAUUCUUUCGGAAUUGGCUGCCCGGUGUUGUUGAUCAUCAUCCUUCCUCUGCUUUGUAGUGCUGGAACUGAAUAUCUGAAAGCAGGAGGAAAGAAGUAAUUAACAUCAAGUUAUCAUUGAUCAAUUUCCCAGAUGAAAAGUUUUAGCGAUGAAACGUUUCCUCAACAAUUACAAAAAGUUUGUAGAGACCUUAAUGAUUUUGCAUGGAAUGGAAUUGUGCAUUUGCAUGUCAUUACAAUGUGGGCAUCCUCUCCCUGGUUAGAAUCAGAUGUAUCUUUUUUUCAUUUUCUGCAAGAUAUCCUCUAUGAUGUUUCAUAGACAUUUACUAAGAUCAUUAAGUAAGUAAUGUAGCCCUGUUUUUAAGUUUCAUAUGUAAGGGAGAAGUAAAUAGAAGUUGCCUGUUUUUAAGGAGAUCAAAUCUGGAAUCAAAUAAUAAAUGGUGUGGCUUACCAUGUGUUUAUUGUUUAAUGAUAAACCUGUUUGGUGGUUA